AUGUCCGAGGAAGAAAAGACCUCCACUCCCAGCAAACCUGCGGCCGUACCUGCGCUCAACAGCCCCCGGGCUGAGUCGCCUACCACUGCGCGACCCCUUGACUUUGACGAUGAGCCCCAGGAGUCUGGUGUUACCGCCGCAAACAACAUCCCUUCCCAGCCGACCGCUACUGAAUCUCCCCCCGCUGCCCCGCCGAAGCCGCCCCGACCCAUGAGCCCGAAACAACAUGCGGAGAAUACGCUCAAGGAAGCUUUCCCGACAAUCGAUGCCGGUGUGGUCAAGGCCGUUUUGACUGCAAGCAAUUGGAAUGUCGAACGAGCAUUCAACGCGCUCCUCGGCAUGACGGACCCUACUGCCCAGGAGGAUAUGGCGCCUCCUCCGAAACCGCCUCGUCCUACCCAAUCUGCCACCUCUACUGCUAGAAGCCAACUGGAGUCCGACGAACAGUAUGCGCGCCAACUGGCCGAACAUUAUAACUCUUCCGGACGCCGCGGACAGGCCCCAGGAUGGCAGAAUGACCCUCGGUAUCACCAACCACGAGGAAGUGAGGACUCGGACGAGAAAGAAUACAGCUUCUUCGAUGAUGAUUUGCCGGUGAUCCGUGACAACCUGCGCAAGGGUUUCUUGGAGACACAGUCCAAGGUUAAUUCAUGGGUCACAAGCUUCAAGAAAAGGCUCGACGGAGAUGAUUUGGAUGAGGAACCCAAUCAAAAUCGUGAGCCGCCUGCCUCAUUUGGGCGUCCACGACGGAGUGGUGACAUGGCCCGUCGCAGUGGGGAUCGGGAGCGCUAUGAUGCAGACCCGCAGGUGUUCGGAGAUGAUUUCUCGGCUCUGGAGUUGAGGGAUUCUGAAGCUCCCCCGCCCCGUCCGCCCCGCCCUCUGGGCGCCACGAACCUCAAGAAAACAUCGUCGCCAUCCCCUGAUCGGCGUAAGGUGUCCUUCCAGGAUGGACCAGCGACUGAGAUUGAUACCGGACGCAGCUCAACUGGUGGCAAGUCCAGCAAGUGGCAGCCUUUGGCAAAUGUUGAGCCGUCCCCGGUAGCGGAGAAUGAUCCGUUCAGCCUUGGAGAUAGCGACGACGAGAAGGAACCUAGUAAGGCCAAGGAACAGACCAGCGCGCUGGAGAGUGAACAGACCAAGCACGCGACAGUGGAGGCGGUGCCCGAAGACACGGUCUCCAAGGAUAAGGACAACAAGACCGAGGAUUCCUCGAAGUAG